AUGUCUCAGGUUGUUGAACUCAGUUGGCUUCCUGUCAAGCAAGAUUUUGAGACUUCAUCCGACAUUGCCUCUGUUAACGAAUUACAGCAGAAGGUAAAUGCACAAUCCGACCUUUUGGGGCAAUGGGAAGGGGUUCAGCCGCCAAAUGGAUUGGACAGACAACCAGUAAAAGCCGUUCACUUGGCUGCCGUUUGGAAGUCAGUUGAAGCCGCAGAAGCUACCAAGCAAUCACCGGAAGCCCAGGAAGUGAGAAAGGCUUACGGUCAAGUGAUUGAUAUCAGUUCAGCCUUGCCCUGGACAGCAUACUUCGAUCUUGCUGGCGGCGACUUCGACAAAGUCGCCAGCGCGAACGUAGUAUUCCUAGCUGGUUCUUACCUUCCCGCUGAUGUUGAUACGGCUGCCUUCUAUCAGAAAUGGCAAGACUUGGUUCGCUCCGGCGGUGUAACCAGCGGAUUCGUCGCAGGCGCGCAUGGCUGGUCUGUCGGUCACGCGGAUUAUAGAGGUGAAAAGAAAAAGGUUUUCAUGGUUGUCACUGGGUGGGACAGCAAGGAAAGUUGCCAAGCUGCGACUGGUGGUGAUAAAAGAGCCAGGUUUGCAGAGGCACUAAAGGAGUUUGAUAUUCAGGAGACCGAGCAUGCGUGCGAGAACUUGAAGAAGAUCAAGUAG